AUGGUAUUGGUAGAGUUUGAGGAUCGGAUAGUGUCAGACUUUAGACCACUUCUCCAUGUUUGGAAUCCAUCGACCAAGUCUCCUGGAUCAAAUGAGUUGGUCACCACCAUCUACUGCAACCUACCAUUUGAGCUACCCCCUACCGAGUCCAACGGUCCCAUGUUUGCUGAUAACACAUACAGUGCAGGUAUCCCUGCCAACUUUGUUAUGCCAGGAAUGCAAGUAACAUUUGAGAAUGAUCACAAGAAGUCCACAACUCCUGUUGAACCCUUGGUUGGCAUGGCAAGUUCUGCUAUACUCUGGAAUUUGCCAUUCUACCUCUUUGGAGCAAACGACACCAACUCAUAUCCAUUUAGUCAAAUCAAAGACGAGUCCAAGAAUAAGUUAUUCAUCUAUCAACAAUGGCCAGUGUCCUCACUCACUACUGCAAAUCAUGCAAUGGGUAUAGUGUCUUUGGAUACAAUUGUCCAACAUGUUAAUGGAUACGAAGCUAGGAAGGUUACCAACUUGGAUGAGAUUACAAACAAUGAUGGAUUUGGAAUAAUGGCUACAGUACUUGGAUUUCUCUCUCGUAUAUUUGAUGCCAAUGGUGAUGGUUCACAAAACAAAGUGAUCUGGUCUCCUUUAAUGUCAAUCAACAAGCAUGGUGAAUAUGGAACUGUUGACGGUGGACUUGGUGGAGGCAGAAGAGCAACUGGUGAUAUCAGCAAUGGAUUAAUUAUCCAUGAGGUCGGUCAUGCACAAGGUCUUCCACAUGCUGGUGAAGCCUUCAAUAAUGGAGCCUUCCCUUAUGUUAGGGGAAGUCUGAAUGGUUCAGUAUGGGGCUUCAACUUUGAUACAAACGAGUUCUUGUCCAUCUAUAUCCCAUCAAACUCAUCAGAUUAUGAUGAUUGCAAGGAUGAUGGUAAUAUAAUGAGGGAUGACAGGUGUGUCAGACAGGACCCAAUGCAAGGCGGUAGUGGUGACCAAGCCAAAGGCUACCCCUACACAAUGUUCUCCGACUUCAACGCUGGCAAGAUCCAACAGUUCUAUGAGGGCGCGCCCAUAUGGGUGCCAGAGACACAGUCCUACAUCAAAUGGGACGAUGUCAAUUUGGUGAAUGUACCCUAUCCCAUUGUGAACACAUCCUAUGGACUGUAUGUGGACGGGCAACCUCAAUCGUCACAUCGACCGACGGACGAGAAGCAGCUCUCGCCCAUCAACACUGGCGACAUUGACUGGUACUGCAAACAGUCCGGCUGCGACUUCACCCUGCGCGUCACCUACAAGGACGGCUCAAAGUACAUCAAGCUGUUGCAGGUUGGCGUUAGGAAGUGGUUCGACCAGAAUGGUGAGGUUGAUCCCGACUGUUUAGAUCCCAAGGACAAUGACAGUACAUUCACAAUCAUCGAGAAUAUCCCUGCUGAUCUUCAAGUUACCUUGGUCGAACUCCUCUGGACACCCUAUGGCUUCAGAACCAUCUUGGCUUCCGAUGCCAAAGUGUUGGUCUCUCAAUCAUUCUAA